AUGAAGUUCCUCAUCACCUCUGUGGCCCUUUUGGCCGGAGUAGCCUCUGCUCUCCCCACGUCCUCCGCCGAGACAGACGCUUCCCUUGCCCUCAGACACCUCGAGAACCGCGCCACGACCUGCACCAAGGCCGCGACGGACAACCUCAUCUUCAAGGCCUCCAUCGGCUCGUUCGAAAAGUCCCGCAAGGCCAAGAACCCGUCCAAGUGCAACUGGUCGUCGGACAACUGCUCCAAGUCGCCCGACAAGCCCGACGGCUACAACUUCAUCCCCAGCUGCCAGCGCCACGACUUUGGCUACCGCAACACCAAGGCCCAGAAGCGCUUCACAAAGGCCAUGAAGAAGCGCAUCGACGACAACUUCAAGAAGGACCUCUACAAGUACUGCUCGCAGUUCCAUGGCCUGUCUUCUUGGAAGGGCGUCGAGUGUCGCCGUCUGGCGGAUAUUUACUACGCGGCGGUGCGAAAGUUGGGCAAGCGAGAGGAGGAGGCCGUGGACAAUGUUCCUGACAACGUUGCUGAUCUGGAGCUGGAUCCUGAUAUUGAGGGCCAGGUUAUCCCUGAGGUGCUGGAGGAUGAUGGUGAAGAUUACGACGACCCGGAGAAGCCCUUUGCUGAGUAG